AAGAAUUUAGAAGAAACGUGUAAAGAGAAUCAAGAAUGUUUUUUGGUUGGAUAAGCAAAUGUGGCGUGAGUUGAAUUUCUUGAGUGUAAUACAGUAGGGUAGCGGAGGGGUGUCCGGAGAGAUGAAAGAUAGACACUGAAAAAAAGAGACCCGUAUUUUGUGUCAUGUUGAGGCUGAAUCUUGUCACUAAUUCAUAGAAACUUGCUUUAUUUGACAACGAGUUGGCUCGAGCGGGAAAGAAAUAAAAUUAUAUUAAUUUCUCUCCCUCUCUUUUUUUUCCAUUCUUCUUUUUUUCUCUCUUUCUUUCUUGAUGACAUCUUUGAGUAAUAUGUUGGCUCAACAAAAUUAUAAAAGACCACCCAUGCUGGACAUUAGUUUUUUAUUAAAUGAUGACCAUGAACCAGAAAGAAGUCCGAGUUUAUCACCGUCACUCACAGCAUCACCAGCCAGUGUAUCAUCCACAUAUUCAAGUUACUCAUUUCCUCAACAAGAUUACUGGGAACAGUCAAAAGAGAGUGGACCUAUCAAGGCAAAGCGAAGAAGAGCUAAUUCAGAACAAUUGGAAGUAUUAAAUAGAGUAUUCGAUCGUACCUUCUUCCCUUCGACCCAAAUGAGAGCUGAGCUCGGUCGCCAAUUGGGUAUGAAUCCUAGAACUGUACAGAUCUGGUUUCAAAAUCGUAGACAAGCUAUGCGAACAAAAGAACGCCAAAGGUUGAUUAAACUUCGAAACGAGACUAAAUUGAAAUCAGUGUAAAAACAACAACAACAACAAUAUUACGAUAUACCUUUUAUAAUCUGUAUUUAUUCAAAAGAAAAAAAUGACAAAAGAAGGAAGCCUGGUUUGCUAUUUCUUUUUAAUAUCUUCUUUACUCUCUUUUUGCAAUGUGUGUG